UGAUCAUUGUUCAUUUAAGGCCUUGGGUGUUCUGCAGAUGUUGGUCCUUAAAGGCGAAUAUUGGUUACUGUUAUGAUUAGUUUGCAUUGAUAUGAAGAAAAAAAAAAAAAGAAAAAAAGAGACGACUUCAGCUGAGGCAUCCAUUUCCCUUGCUCCUGUGAACAUUUUCAAGGCAGGUGCAGAUGAAGAGAAGGCAGAAACAGCUCGGUUGUCAUCCUUUGUUGGUGCUAUUGCCAUUGGUGACCUAGUCAAGAGCACUCUGGGGCCUAAAGGCAUGGACAAGAUUCUUUUAAGUACCGGGAGAGACAGCUCUGUGACAGUUACCAACGAUGGUGCCACCAUCCUGAAAGCUAUUGGAGUUGACAAUCCAGCUGCAAAGGUCUUGGUUGAUAUGUCAAAGGUUCAAGAUGAUGAAGUUGGUGAUGGAACUACAUCUGUCACAGUGUUGGCAGCUGAAUUACUGAGGGAGGCAGAAUUACUGAUUGCGAGGAAGAUUCAUCCUCAGACCAUCAUUGCAGGCUGGAGAGCAGCCACAAAGGCUUCAAGAGAGGCACUUUUGAAAGCAGCUGUGGAUCAUGGUAAUGAUGAAGUGAAGUUCCGUGAGGACUUGAUGAACAUUGCAGGAACAACUCUUUCAUCAAAAUUACUUACUCACCAUAAGGAUCAUUUUGUCAAGCUAGCUGUAGAAGCUGUUCUUAGGUUGAAAGGUUCUGGUAAUUUGGAGGCUAUCCAUGUCAUUAAGAAGCUUGGUGGAAGUUUGGCUGAUUCCUACUUAGAUGAAGGCUUUUUACUUGACAAGAAGAUUGGUGUAAAUCAGCCUAAAAGAAUUGAAAAUGCAAAGAUUCUUAUUGCAAAUACUGGUAUGGAUACAGACAAGAUUAAGAUUUUUGGCUCUCGUGUUCGAGUGGACUCCACAGCAAAAGUUGCAGAAAUAGAACAGGCAGAAAAAGAAAAAAUGAAGGAGAAAGUGGAUCGUAUUCUUAAACAUGGAAUAAAUUGCUUUAUUAACCGACAGCUGAUCUACAACUACCCUGAACAUCUCUUUGGAGCUGCUGGUGUCAUGGCUAUUGAACAUGCAGACUUUGCUGGUGUAGAACGUCUGGCUCUUGUCACAGGUGGUGAAAUUGCAUCAACCUUUGAUCAUCCUGAGCUAGUAAAACUAGGGAGCUGCAAGCUUAUUGAAGAAGUCAUGAUUGGAGAAGAUAAACUCAUUCAUUUCUCUGGAGUAGCAAUGGGUGAAGCUUGCACCAUAGUUUUGCGUGGAGCCACACAGCAGAUUCUAGAUGAAGCAGAGAGAUCUUUACAUGAUGCUCUCUGUGUCCUGGCCCAGACUGUGAAGGACACAAGAACUGUGUAUGGUGGAGGCUGUUCAGAGAUGCUGAUGGCUAAUGCGGUUGCAGAACUUGCCGUCAGAACACCUGGCAAAGAGUCUGUUGCAAUGGAGUCCUUUGCUAAAGCUUUACGAAUGAUCCCAACAAUAAUAGCUGAUAAUGCUGGCUAUGACAGUGCUGAUUUGGUUGCUCAGCUCAGAGCUGCUCAUAGUGAAGGGAAGACUACUUAUGGACUGGAUAUGAAAGAGGGUGUCAUUGGGGACAUGUCAGUUUUGGGAGUGACAGAAAGUUUCCAGGUCAAGAGACAAGUUUUGCUGAGCGCAGCUGAAGCAGCAGAAAUGAUUCUUCGUGUAGAUGACAUCAUUAAAGCAGCACCAAGGUAUGAUCAGUGCAUCUGCAUGGUCAGUCACAGUGGUGUAGAGUAAACCUCCUUCUGUGGAAGAGUAAGGGUGCAUUACAGUCUUGUUCUAAAAAUGCCUUACUUGAAAUGAACCUGACAUGUGACAUGCUGAUGUUCAUAUUAGAUAAUUUUAUUACAUUAGCUGUAUUGUCGGGCCUUUAGAGCCAUCAGCAAACUUAAAUUGCUGUGGCUGAGUAAUGCCUAGUUAAUCUUAGGUCACCUCUAAACAUCUGCACAAGUGGGUGACGAAAAUGUAAGGGAUCAUGCUUUUUUUUUUUUUUUUUUUUUCUUUUGGCAAGAAUUGUAGUGAAACGUCCAGCUGCUUCUGAGAUAGAAUCUGCAGCUAAAACAGAAACAUGUUUGUUUAAAGGUUUGAGGAGAAUUGCUGCUGAUAGGCAGGUUAUCCCAUGGGUACCUGCUACCAGGUAGUGUUCACUGCUUUUUGAAUCACAGGAUUUUUUUUAUUUAACAUGCUCAUAGGUGGCAUGUUAGCUUUGAGGUGGUACAGUUUUUUGUUCUGUGAGAAAAAGCUGUCCCUGAAUACAAAAUACUAACUCAAGAUAAAAAAUAAAGGUGGUUGAGAAGGGGUUGGUGAGCA